AUGACAUCUUCUCCUUCACCGAUGACACCUCCCUCAUCCCCAAUGGAUUCCGUAUCCCCAAUGGAUUCACCAUCAUCAAUGGCGUCCUCACCUUCAAUGGAAUUCCCAUCUACGAUGGAGUCUCCAUUAUCGAUGGAAUCCUCAUCCUCAACGGAUUCCCCAUCCUCAAUGGAAUCUCCACCCUCAAUGGAAUCUCCAUCCUCAAUGGAAUCCACAUCCCCAAUGGCAUCCCAAUUCUCAACGGAACCCACCCCGCCCCCCCCAAAACCAAAGUCCAAACCCAAACCAACCCACUUCCUCUGCCUCCCCCUUGGCCACAACCCCCCGCUCACCCCAGCCCCAUCACCUUUCAACGAAACCCUCCUUACCAUGACCAACACCCUCACCUCCUACCUUCACCAGGACCAAAAGGUCGUCCUCACCAGCGCCAUCCGCCCCGCCUCAGCUCUCAUGAUCCCGCUGGGCCAGCUCUCGCUCCCUACCUACGCGGCCGAGAGAGCCGCUAUCAAGCUCCUCAACGAGAUUAAUUUUAGGUAUCUUGUCCGCCAAGUCACCUGGGGCGGUGGGUAUGAGACCAUCGAGACGGACCUGAGGGGCCUCGAGACGGGGAGCGGAAAGUGGCGCACGGGAGUUCUGUAUACGGUUCCUACUGGUAAUAAGAUCGCUGAUGGCUAUGAGAGGCUGAGGGACUUUGUGGCGGCUGUUAGGAAGGAGUUUUUCGACCGGGGGUUCUUGAUCCCUGAGCCCAGGUAUAAAGAGGAGCAGGAUCCCUCAGAAGAGGUCAAGUUGCCGGAGAUUAAGUUGAAGGUGACGGUUGUCAAUACGGUGUAUUCGGGGGACCAAGGGUGCGCGUGCAUAAGUUUGAUGCAGAGGCGGCAGUCCGCAAGUAUCAGGGCAAGAGGUUGGCAAAGGAUGUGA